AUGAGCGGCCUGUUGGGUGGCGCGCUGCUGUGCGGCUCGCGAGCCUGGGUCCCCGGCCUGCUCGCGCGCCCCUGCUCGGGAGGGCCCUUCGGGAGCCGGGAGCGGACCCUGGUGGCCGUGAAGCCGGACGGGGUGCAGCGGCGGCUUGUUGGGGAUGUGAUCCGGCGUUUUGAGAGGAGGGGCUUCAAGCUGGUGGGGAUGAAGAUGCUUCAGGCGCCAGAGAACGUCCUCGCUGAGCACUACCACGACCUUCGGAGGAAGCCCUUCUACCCAGCCCUCAUCAGCUACAUGAGCUCUGGCCCCGUGGUGGCCAUGGUCUGGGAAGGCCCCAAUGUGGUCUGCACCUCAAGGGCCAUGAUAGGGCACACGGACUCUGCCGAGGCUGCCCCUGGCACCAUCCGAGGCGAUUUCAGCUUCCACAUCAGCAGGAACGUCAUCCAUGCCAGCGACUCCGUGGAGGGGGCCCAGCGGGAGAUCCAGCUGUGGUUCCAGAGCAAUGAGCUGGUUGACUGGGCAGACGAAGGCCACCGGAGCAGCCUCUACACAGCCUGA